AUGUCCAGAUCCGGAGUACGGAGUAUUGCCGCGUCUCCCAGCUACCACCGCCACCACUUCCCAAAAAUCGCUGUCAAAUCCACCUCGCAUUGUGCACAGUACUUGUCUGCGCAUCGAUCGCCAGAAUCCUUUGGCCAACGACCCACGAUCAACCCUGCUGUCCUUGACUCGGACGACCUCUGUCGCAGCGGCCAAACACCGUCAGCAUCGCCAGCACCCAUCAUCAGCACUCCCCGCCGUAAUAAUAUGGCGCGCCCAACUGGUCUCAUUGCCUCCAAGGGCAUUGAACUGCUCACCUGGAGCACUCCCAACGGAUACAAGGCUAGCAUCCUCCUUGAAGAGUUGAAGGAGGCCUACGGGCUUCAGUAUACGUCCCAGGGUAUCAACAUCGGCCAGAAUAUUCAAAAGGAGCCCUGGUUCACGGCCAUUAACCCGAAUGGUCGCAUUCCCGCCAUUGUCGACCAUGACCACGGGGAUUUGGCUGUUUUUGAGGGCAAUGCAAUCUUGUCGUACCUGUCUCGCCGAUAUGAUACGGAGAGACGCUUUUCUUUUGCCCCAGACGAUGAUGACUACACACGUGCAGAGUCUUGGAUAGGGUGGCAGCACGGUGGUCUGGGUCCCAUGCAGGGGCAAGCCAACCACUUUGUACGAUUCGCCAAGGAGAAGAUUGCCUACGGAAUGCAGCGCUAUGUUGGUGAAACGGAACGGCUGUACGGCAUCCUCGACGCUCGCCUCAAGGACCGGGACUUCGUCGUAGGCCCGGGACGGGGCAAGUAUAGCAUCGCCGACAUUGCUCUCUUGGGGUGGGUCAACGCCGUCCGAGGCACAACCAUUUCCAUUGAUCAGUUCCCGUCUGUCAAGGCAUGGUUGGCACGUUGCUGGGAGCGUCCCGCUGUGCAAAGGGGCUUCCAGAUUCCCUCUGCACCGGCGUCCUCAGCCCUCACGCCCCAGGUAGGCGAGGCUGCCGAACAGACCAAGGAGCUUAAGCAAUUGGUCGAUGAGGCCAAGAAGCAAUAUGGCUACGUCUAUUCGUCGCCAUAA